AUGUCCUCCAAUCCAAAUCCCACUUUCAGUCAUUUGUUACCACUCAAUGGUGAAUGGAAACAAGACGUUACAAAAUGGUUGAGUGAAGAUGUUCCUUCUUUUGAUUAUGGUGGAUAUGUUGUUGGUGAAACUCCAGAAACUGCUACACUUUGGUGUAAACAAGAAGGUGUGAUAUCAGGUAUUCCAUUUGCUCAAGAAGUUUUCAAUCAAUGUCAAUUACAAGUUGAAUGGUUAGUUGAAGAAGGUGAAUAUUUAGAACCAAAUGGUAAAUUAGCCGUUGCUAAAGUUAAAGGACCUGCAAGAAAUAUAUUAUUAGCUGAAAGAACUGCAUUAAAUUUAUUAGCUAGAGGUUCUGGUAUUGCAACUCAAUCUUUUAAAACUAUAUCAUUAGCUCGUAAAGGUGGUUAUAAGGGGAUAAUUGCAGGUACAAGAAAGACAACACCAGGUUUAAGAAGAUUAGAAAAAUAUUCAAUGUUAGUUGGUGGUUGUGAUCAACAUAGAUAUGAUUUAAGUUCAAUGGUUAUGUUAAAAGAUAAUCAUAUUUGGUCAACUGGAUCUAUAACAUCAGCUGUCACAAAUGCAAGAAAAGUUUGUGGAUUUGCAGUUAAAAUUGAAGUUGAAUGUCAAAAUGAAAUUGAAGCAAAUGAAGCAAUUGAAGCAGGUGCUGAUGUUAUAAUGUUGGAUAAUUUUACAGGUGAUGAUUUGAAAAUUGCCGCUCAAAAUUUAAAAACUAAAUGGUCAGGUAUUAAAAGCUUCUUGUUAGAAUGUAGUGGUGGGUUAAGAAUUGAUAAUUUAAAUGAAUAUUUAACUAAUGAAAUUGAUGUUUAUAGUACUUCAUCUAUUCAUCAAGGUGUUUCUUAUGUUGAUUUUAGUUUAAAAAUUGAUCAAAAAUAG